UUCUGUUUGUUUACUGUAAAGAAGGCAAAGCAAACUACAGGAGGGGACAGGCUGCAGGAUAUUUACUGUCAAUACAGCCGGAGAGAGAGAGGAAACUGGAGGAGAGGGGAAGAGGGGAGCAGCGGCUGCAGACGGCAACCCCAGUGCAUGAGCCGAGUGUAAAAAUACCCGUGCGGUUUCAGAUGGAAAGCGGGUGGAUUGAAGUCAACAAGGGAUAGUUGAGGAGGAAUUAGGUGACCUGAGCUUCACAGGGCAAGAAGGUUCGAGCAGCUUGCUCGGAGUGUCCUCUGCUUCCAGAGGCAGGAGAACGAGUGAAGAGUGAAUUCACACUUUAGAGAGCAGCGAAGACGGUCUUGCCAUGAAACCAUUCACAGAUGAAGAUGUAGAAAUCUACAUCCAGAGCAAGGUGGAACGGCGACAUGACCUGGUUUCCAAAGCAGUGGAGGAGGUGCAGAAAAUCAUCCAGCAGCUGACCGCAGAAAUCAGCUGCAAGGCCACGCGGUUCCAGGCUAUCUCCAACUCUGGCAUUCACAAUGAGAAUAUUAAGGAUCAGCCAGCUUUACUGGCCAAGUGGUCAGCUAUGCUUCGGGGGAAGCGUCCAUUCCACCCAUCCAUCCAGGUCUUAGCACCCAGCCAGUUCCUCAUCACAGUUCCUCUGCGUGGCCUGGCCGGGUACAGGGAAUGCCAGGUACGGCACUGGCGUUAUUACACCGUGCAUGGAGCCAGGCUCCCCUCCUCCGUGCGGGAUCCCGAGGAGCUGCAUCAAUGGCUAGAGGUGGAGCAGUUCUCAAAAAGCCUUCAGCAGUGGCAUGAAACGGAUGUGAACAUCGAAGGUGAUCUGGUUCCAGCCAAAGUCCUUGUCGUCUUCCGGGAGCUGGUGGAGAAGUCGAUUAUCUCCUGUAACCUCUCCAGUAAAGUGACAGUGCUGGAGAGCUUCAGCUCAGUGGUCCGGGUGGCUGUGGAGACGUCGGAAUCCCAGGUUGAGGUGGAGCUGGUCCCUGCUGUGGAGAUUCCAACUUGCUGGCCCGAGAAAGCCCGGUGGCCUCGUUGCCUUAAGCGUUGGCCUUCCCAGGAAAAAGUGCAGUGCAUCAAGUCGCUUGGUUUUGACCUCUUGGCCCGCUCCAAUUAUCACUGGCAGCUGUGCUUCUCCCGUGCUGAGCAUAUACUCAUGGAAGGGCUUGACGAAGAUGGUGGUUGUCGCUUGAAGUGCUUCAGGGUCAUGAGGCAGAUGAAAGAAGAUGUCUGGUGUGCUGGAAAUAAGCCUGUCAUCACAGCUUAUCACCUUCAGACAGUGCUAUUCUGGACGUGUGAAAAAUACCCACGCAGCAAGGAUUGGCGCUGCUUCCCCGAAGCCUUUCUGAGGCUGGUACAGAAGCUGCACAAGUGUGUAAGCCAGCACUUCCUCAAGCAUUACUUUCUCAAGAACACCAAUCUGCUCAAAUAUGCCAACACCAGUGACCUGGACCUGGUGGCCAGCAAGCUCGCGGUCUUCUUGGAGAACCCCGUCUUCUGCCUGGACUAAGGCAGGGGAAGGUCUCGUCACCCCAACCCCGAGCCGAUCCCCCACCGCUGCUCCCCACCUGCGGCUGUUCCUCCUGUCCUUCCAGGAGACGUUGCAGCUGGCUUUGUAAGACAGUUGGCACAUGCGGCGUGAAAGAGAAGUGUCAAGCUGGCAGCAGUGGGCGGUGAAAACUGAUGGGAGGUAUCGCUUGAUGCCCAGCUGAUCUAAUUUGCUUUCAGCAGUGACAGCCUGCCUGCCAGCUACAGCCAGUGAAACCCAGCUCCUGUGUUAGUCAGAGCAGGCACCUGUCUGGUUCUCUGUCUCGAGGCUGGUGGCACCGUGCAGAAAGACAGUGCAAAGACGCCUCGCUGUGCUGCCUACAGUUGUGUAACCUAGCGCAUGUGUUGUUGCUGCACCCCCCUUCCCCACAAGAACAGCGGGUUUAAUUCCCUGUUUAUCUCACAGGCCAGCGCUGCUGAAGAAGAACACCCAAGAAGAGCAGAGGAACGUUUCUGAAGCCUACCAAAGCUGGAAGCUUUCUCAGAGGCACUCCAAUGCCUCCAUCUCCCAUUAAAUAGCAUCCUGCUCCAGUAUGGAUAACCAGGCUGCUAGUGUUGAAUAGCUCAAGGGAAGCAAGAGGAGGAAUUAUGGGUUUUGCUACCUCCUCGGGUUUUUUUCUUCUCCACUUCCCUUUUUCUCCUAGCUGCUUAAAAUGUUUUCUUCAUGUUUGCCUUUGCCAGUUGUGUUAGUGCCAUACAACCAGGGGGCUUCGCCAGGGCAGAUCUCACUCCCGCCCCUGGCUCCAUCCAGCAGGCUGGAGGAGGAGCAGGUCUUCCCCCAGUUAUUAGCACCCAUGUAUUUUUGGAGGAGGAUACUUUUCAAAGGCUGUUAGCUCCAAAACCCCCAGUGCUUUUAAUAUUAUGGAUGUUUAAAAAGAAAAUCAGUUUUAGUGUUUUGAAAGAACAGAGUUCUAGCGUAAGUAUAAAGAAUGUUUGUUUUAAUGUUAUUAAAUCAUCGAAACUAAAC